AAAUUCUUCAAACAAGAAUCAUAUGAGCUGCUAAUAAUCAACUAAUUGGGUGGAACAAACUAUUGAAAAAGAUUUUGACCAACACAGCUUGGAUGGAAAAAGUUAUAAAAAAAUAAAAAUUCUAAUCAAAUUCACAUCAGAUUUAAAGAUAAUCUAUUCAUAUAAUGGAAAAAUAUUGAGAGUGUAAAAUUUAUUGAUAAAUUUAAAAAUAGAGUAGAAUGCCAUGAUGCCUUUGAGAAACAGGAAUUGUUUAAUAAUAUAAAUCAAAUCCACAAUCUUUAAUGGUAAGGUUAGUAUAGUGAAAACAAAAAGAAAGAUGGUAGAUGGAAUGCUUUUUGGAAUUAACAGCUUUUAAAGAAUUUUGGUGGAUACUAUACAUAAGGGAAAAAGUCAGGUUUAUGGAAAGAUUUAUUCCCAAAUUAUUCAAAGUUAGAUAUUUAUAUUUAACAUUAUGAAUAGAUAAUUAUAAAUAUUUGAGAUAGGAGAAUAUUAUAAUGGCCUAAGGAUUGGAGGAUGGAAAUAUUUUUUGGAAAAUUAGAAGAUGUAUUUAUUUUAAAUAUUAUUUAGUGGUGGUGGUUUUUACAAUAAAAAUGGUUAGAAAUAAGGGAAAUGGAUUGAUCUAGAUGAAGGGUUUUAGGAUAGCAAAAAAGUAAUUUUUUGUGGAGAAUAUGAUUUAAAGAGUAUGAAAGUAGGUUAAUGGGAUAUUAUGUAUAGUAAUGCAUAUGAAAAUGGAAAUGGAAAAUAUAAAUAAAUGUAAAAAUUUGAAAAUAUAAGAAUUAUUUGUAUCUACAUAUUAAAAAUGUAUAGUGGUGGAGGAUCAUAUGAUUAAGCAGGAAAUUAGAAAAAGAUUGGAAAGUGGGUAGAAUUGGAUGAAAAGUUUAGGGAUAAAAAUUAAGUCAUUUAUAAUGGUGAAUAUAAUAUGAAUGGUAUAAAGGUUGGAAGAUGGGAUAUUAUGUAUGAUAGAAAAGUAAAUGGAAUAUAUAAAUAAAUGUAAAAAUUUUUAAAUAUAAGAAUUAUUUGAAUCUACAUAUUAA